AUGGCAGUGCUGGCUUAUCUGCCCUACAGCUCUGUUCUUCUGCCUGCAAACUUGUUCGAUCUUACAAGGCGCGAUCUGGGCUCGAGCGGAUUCACCUCCGCGUCGUGGAUCUGGCUCUCCACGCCCUCCUCGUCACCUUUCACACACAACGCUCCAGCCGGCACCGCAUCCUUCCUCAAACUUCUUCCCACCCCGCCCAACAAAUCUGCGUCCUCGGCGCUCAUCACCAUCACCGCCGAUGACUCAUUCACACUCUGGGUCAACGGGCCACCUCAGUUACCACCGCCAUCACCCGGUUGCACCCCCGCGGGGGUCCUCCUGGGUACCCUCAGACGUAGCUCUGAGGGUACCUAA